CGCGCUGGCAGUUGAUCGUCUCGGUAGUUCGUGAUUUCCCGCGUUCCAUUCGUCCGUUUAAACGGCUCUCCGUGAAUUCUCUCGUCCCGACCUUUCCGCUCCUUAACUGCCCUCCUCCUCCUCCUCUCUCGCUCUCCGCCUCGUCUUUCGCCGCGGGUCGGUCGCGAGUGAGAUCACGUGCACGCUGUUUUUGGGAUUUCGACGAGCCCGCGUACGUUAUUAGUGAGACGAAAGAUCAUUCGUGUUUAUCGGUGUGCUAUGGGGAUCUAGGAACGCCUGUAAGAAGCGAGACGCAUGACAGACGAUACCGGGCGGGCGUUAUCAGCAGGUGAGGGCUCAGUAGCUUUGGGCGACGCGAACGAGAGAUGUCGGGUGCCGCUGGCGCGGACAACCCGGCGUUCGCCGGCGAGAACGACUGCGGUACUAAGCUGGAGAACGGCGGCCAACAGCAAGUAACCUUGGACCAGGAGCGCAAGACCUCAACGGAGAAUGCGCCGACGGAGAACGGCCAUCAACGAUCCUAUGUCUCCCAGCACUACGUGGAGCCGGUCAAGCCGAGCUCAGAGCCGUGUUACAAGACGGAAACAAGAAUCGAGGUGCCAGCUGAUAACACGGAGAAGAGCUCGCCCGAGCCGAAGCUCAACGGCGUCCAUGGCAAUGGCAACAACAACGAUGCCAGCUUCCUCAACAACAGCGCCACGAGCGUGCAGGUCAACGAGUCCGGGAAGAAGGAGCAGAUCGAGGCCGUAAACCUGGAACUGGUCUCGAUGAGGCCGUACACAGGCAGCAAUAUCCAGACGAAAGGUCAGGAAGCCUGCGAGGUACCAGCUGAUCCUUACGAGGAGUACUUCGUGCCGGUUAACGAGCACCGAAAGUAUAUCAGGGGCGAGAAGCUUUACGUCACCAAGGACAAAAGAUCCCGGAACUCGUACUGGAGAAGAAUGGCCUGGGGAUGCGGACUGUUGGUCCUGCUGAUCGCCGUGAUCAUCGCCAUUUUGGCCGCAACUGGCGUAAUUCUAACGCAAGAGGCUACGGAACCCUUGGAGACCGUAACGCAAGAAAGUGAUGCUCAUCAGUUUAACGAUGUGAAGACCGCGGGGAGGCAAGAAUUCGUGAAGAAUCCGCCGACGAGUCCGCCGCCUUCGACUUCGAGCUUCUCGCCGUGGCCGACGACCAUCGAAACGGAGUAUCCAACUGUACCGAACGCUUUGGAUGGAAUUCUGCACAUCGAUAAUUUCCACUGGAACGAGGAGUUAAACGAUAGCAAGUCGCGAGUGUACAGACAAGUGAGCGACGAGAUAGAGCAGCAUCUGAAGGGCAUGCUGCAUCCGGCGAAAAGUGCGUCCGUGGUCAAAGUGUACGACAUUAACGAGGAUGGCGAAGUGAAGUUCCGAAUAAGUUACCCGCCUUUAGCCACUCCUCGAGAGGCCCAACAGAGUAUCGAAGAAGCAUUGCGGGAGAAUGGCAACAUGAUCGGACAGUUUCACUUAAGCAGGCUUCAGGUGAAAAAACUUCUUGAUCAAUGCGAAAGCGGCAGCAGCGAGUGCGCUGAAAGCUGCAAAUUCGACUACACCGCCGGUGCAUUCGCAUGCAUCUGCGGCCCCGGCAAGAUAUUAAGUCAGGACGGCAAGACUUGCGUGGACGAUAACGAUCUGAGUAACGUCGAGAUGGAUGAAGUGAUGCCACCACCAAGCACGGAAUCAACGAAUGAUUUCGUCCAGGGUAGAAGCAGAGGCCCCACCACGGAACAACUUGGACCGAGGUAUCCCGAUAAUUGGGAGAACACGGACUUCAAGACAAGAUUAACUGAGAUAGACGCGUCUACAUCGGAGCCCGCAACAACGAUCAAACACGUUCUCAAGGACGAUGAUCCCCACUGGCAUCACGAACAUAUGCAUCAUUCGAUGGAAACAAGCUCCAAUGCGACGCCUGCCGUUGAAGUAUCGUCUACUGCAGAGCCAACGAUACAGUCGUUUACCGUACCUGCAGUUGAACCAGAACCUACUACAGAGCCUUCCGCUGAACCAGAGCCUUCUGCUGAGCCAGAGCCCUCUGCUGAACCAGAGCCUUCUGUUGAGCCAGAGCCCUCUGCCGAACCAGAACCUGCCACAGAGCCUUCUGCUGAGCCAGAACCCUCCACUGAACCAAAACCUGCCACAGAAUCAGAGCCUUCAGCUGAACCAGAACCCUCUGCUGAGCCAAAGCCCUCCGCUGAACCAGAACCCUCUGCAGAACCAGAACCCUCUGCAGAACCAGAGCCCUCCGCAGAACCAGAGCCCUCCGCAGAACCAGAGCCCUCCGCAGAACCAGAGCCUUCCGCAGAACCAGAGCCCUCCGCUGAACCAGAGCCCUCUGCUGAACCAGAACCUGCCACAGAGCCCUCUGCUGAACCAGAGCCCUCCGCAGAACCAGAGCCCUCUGCUGAGCCAGAACCUGCCACAGAGCCUUCCGCUGAACCAGAGCCCUCUGCUGAACCAGAACCUGCCACAGAGCCUUCCGCUGAACCAGAGUCCUCUGCUGAAUCAGAAUCUUCUGUUGAACCCGUUGCAAAGCCGGAAUCCACUACUGAACCAGAAUCUACCACUGAGCCGGAACCCGCUAUUAAACCAGAGCCUACCGUCGAGCCAAAAGCAACUUCCGCAUCGGAGCUUGUUACGGAAUCCGAGCCUACUAUCGAGCCAGAACCCACUAGUGAGCCAGAGUCCACCGUGGUUCCCGAAUCGGAAGCCACUGCAAAGCCAGAAACUGCUCCAGAAAUUGGAUCAAUUGAUGAAAUGGAAUCUACCACUGACAAACAACCCACCGUGGAACCGUUGCCUGUCACAGAACCGGCAGCAACCUCAAACGAAGCCGACACUGUGGACAACGAUAUUAAGACGACAACGGAAUCGCUUCGUAUGACGACGAUGCAGUCGCAUUCGGAAUCAGACGCCGGAAUAUCCAAUCAGCCAGAUUCUACUGUUAAGUCUAUGUCUCACGAUAUACCGAAUACCUAUACCGAACAGCCUACACAAAUACCAAUCUUGGAUGACGCGAACGACUCGACCGUCACACCUGAUAACAAUCAAAUAGAUGACACGCCGUUACAAGUAAUACCUUUAACAUCCAAGAACGAGUCGACGAACGAUAAUGUUGAAACUAAAACGGAAUGGACGACGGUGGAAUAUUAUACCAAUAAGAACGAUGAAAUUACAACUACUGAAACGGGUUUCACCACCUUAAGUUACGAAGGUCAGAAACGGGAUAGCGACGGAAAUCUUACGUCAACCAGGUCUGACGAACAAUCGGGCGUGUACGCGGAACAAUCCACACAGAAACCUGGCCUUCAAGAGGAUAAAGAAUUAAUCUCCAGUACGGAAACGAAUCUUGAUACGAGUAUAAAUAACGUUCAGAACGAAAGAUCCUCGACCACUGAGUACAACUUAAUGACCGAACAUCAAUCGAGCACUACCUCGCACGUUUCUGAGCAGAUCAGUUCGACCACUUCGAUGCCAAUAGAAGAUAAGACGGAAUCGGUCGUUAAAUCGACACUCGGUGACAGAUAUUUCCACACGAUAGAAAUCAACGGCAUAGGUAACAAUAGCCCGGUAACAUUCGGCAGUCCAAAGGUGUACGAAACGACUGCGACACCGGAAACUACUCCCGUCGGCACGUCGAUCCCGCCGGAACACGUGUUCCAAUCCGCGUCGCAGCCCGAGUCCGACACGCAAGAUUCGAACGAAAAGAACGUCAUCGAGCACAUGCCGACGACGGUAUUCCCCAAGGUGCCGAAAAACUUCGCGCACAACGUGGAGCCGCUGGUGGAGCCUGUCGCAAAAUCGGCGGACGAGGAACACAUAAUGAUGAUACCACAGCAGCCCGAGCAGCCCACGACCGUUUCCCACGCUAUAAUCCCACAACUCAUUCCCGAGCAAAGCGUGCGAGACGCGAAUGCGUCGGUCGACACGGAGAAGAAGGCCAAUGAGAGUUUAGACACGAGUUCGAUCGAGCCGUCCACAGCACGCACCGACGAAAACAUCGUUUACACGGGUAACGGUGAAAACACGAUCCGCCCGGAGGACUCUCAGGAGCAUUCGACGAGCCACCCUCUCCAUCCGGCGGUGUUCCCGGAGAACUCGGUGGACCACUUCGCCGGGAAGCCCGACGCGGCUGACGAUCGACACGUCGAAGACAUGUCGCCGUUCCUGCCGGACGUUCACAGGGAGAAGGAGAGCGCAAAGAAGGCGCCACGGUUAGACAAGGACGAACAGAACGCUCCCAAUCCUUUCGAGACUCACGUCGCCGACGUGAUCACGCAUCGACCAUUGGCGCAGCACGAUAACGUGGACAUUGCAGAAGCGAACGAAACCGAGACCAAAGACUUGUUGAACGACGUCGGCUCGCAUUCGGCCAGCGACGAGGAGAAGACCGACGAGAGCCCGAAGACGAACGACGCUGCUGAGCCGCAUAACAGCGCUAACGAUACCAUCAAGAACGACUUGGACGCCGGCGAGCGGACGGUCGUCAACGACACGGAGUCCAAGAUCCGAGAAGUUCUGCAGCGAAACGAGAGCUCCGAGAAGUCGGACGACGCCGGCAGUUCGUCCGUGGAGAAUAACGAGGCGCUGAAAGUGAUACCCCUGUCUACGGAGAAUAAGGUGGCGGACGAGCUUCCUCAGGGCAAGAAGGACGAAUUGGCGGACGAAUCCGCUGAGGUUACUCCGGCUGCCGAAACGAAGGAAGCGGGUUCCGCGGAAAGUGGCAUGACUAGCUCGGAGAAACCGGAGGAGAACGCCGUGGAGGAUCAGUACAAUGACAUCACGGACGAGACUUUGUCGAAGGAAUACCGACACGACGGCGACAGCGCUAAGAAGAAUGUGAAGAUCGUGGAGCAAUCCAAGAAAGUUGUCUUGAACAAUGACAUCGAUCGGCUGGAAAUGCCCGACAAAGUGACCGCCUUCGACGACACCGCGAGGAAGAGAAACCAGACGGACGAGGAAGCGUCUCCUGGCACGACGCAAGGUCCGACGACCACGACGGAAAGCGUCUCGGAAAGGCCAGCGGAAGACGCCCGACUGACCACGCAGGAACCCGUGCUGCCGAUGGAGAUCCAGCAAGAUAUAUCGACGACGAUGGCAACCGACAAGGCUGAGACCACUGUUGUCAUCAACGUAGACAAGCCGGAGGAAAGUAACACGGAAACGCCGAAGGCUUCUCAAACCGAUGAAAAAGACGUUGUGCAGGUUACAACUCAGCCAACAGUAGAGACCAAGACCACAGCCCAGGUCCCGAUCUUGCCGGAAGAGCUGCAAACGACGGAGAGCGACGUGUUGACGACUACGUCAACGGCGAAGCCGAGCGAAGGGAAGGACGCGAAGGCUGACGAGAUGGAGUCGAAGGUGCAGACGGAGAUGGGACGCGAGACUGACGAGAAGGAGAACGCCGUGACUCACAACGUUGACAUGAACACUUCGUCGGAAAGGACCAUGGCGGCUACCAGGGUGUACGAGAACAACGUGAGCGCGGAGAGCGGCCGGAAGGUGGAACUAAACGAGGACGCCAACGAGCGGAGCAAGAUGACGACAGAGAAUUCGAUGGAGACCACUCUCGCGAUGUCCACGGAAAAGAGUGCGACGAGCGGCGUCGAGAAGACCACAUCGAUGUCCAACGAUGUCACCACCACGGAGGAUGUGAGACCGGUGACGGAGGUGUUGCUGGACGACACGCAGCCCAUGAUCGAGUUCGAUUACAGAACGCUGUUCUCCCUGACGACACCGAGGCCGGUCGCGGACGUCUCGGACGAUCUGGCGGACGAGGGUCUCAGGGUGAUACCGUUGGAUCGGAGCCACGAGAGCAAGAAGAAACCGGUCGACAAGAAGGGCUUCUACAAGUACAAGAAGGAGAAGGACCUGAGCUUGGAGGAGCACGAGGAGGAAAACGUGUUGACGGAGAACCCCGAGCCGACGACUUUCUCGCAGACGGAGCCGCCGAAAGUGACGAUCGGUGCUUACGAGGAGCUGAGCGACAGCGCAGUCAGCUCCGACUUGGACCCAAGCGUGCCCAGGUACAUCUUAGCCGACAAAGAGGGCAACAUCUUACCGAUAUCGAAGUCAAGGGGCCCGGAGGCGGUCUACGAGGUCGGCCACGUCGGGAGCAAGAAACCACUCGCGGAAAUGAAGCCCAAGAAUUACCCCAGCUUCAUACCCGUAUCGGAGGACAUAAUAGAGCCGGUGCCGGUCACGGAACCCUACAUGGUAAUGCGGAAUAAUUACACGUAUCAUCGAGCGGCGAUGGCCACCUUCGGAACGGAGAGCGCAGUUGCGCAAAGCGGGACGGCGGCCGAAGGUCGUCGCGCGACGGCCGACGACCCAGAAACCGACCUCCUCCGAGCCGCCGACGCGAAAGUGAACGAAACCGCCGGGCGACCUGUCGCCUUCUCCCCGGAUCGACCGUCGCCGAACGAUGCAAUCGGGGCGACGGAAGUGGAUCGCGUUGCGAAAGACCCGUCGUUCGUGCGAACCGCGCCGCCGGGGGACGCGAGCAGCGACACUUCCCCACCUGCCUCGCUGUCCGGUACGCUCUACUCCAAGUGCACCACCGGCCAAUUCCAAUGCGUAAACGGCACGUCGCGAGACGGCGCGUACUGCGUCGCAUUGUCCGCGAAAUGCGACUCCGAGACCGACUGCUCCGACGGCUCGGACGAGCUGAACUGCCAGGAGGACGGCUGUCCGGGCAACUUCCAGUGCGCCAGCGGGCAAUGCCUGAGGCGGUAUCUUGUGUGCAACAAGAUCCUGGACUGCGACGACGGCAGCGACGAGCGCGGCUGCGACCAGUGGAAGUGCCAGCACGACGAGUUCACCUGUCCCAGCGGGAGAUGCAUUCCGGCGCUGUGGCAAUGCGACGGUCGACCCGACUGCGAAGGCCACCAGGACGAAUACAAUUGCGCCGUGAGCUGCGGUAAUAACGAGUAUCUCUGCCCGACGGAGAAGUGGUGCAUCCCGCAGACGUGGCACUGCAACGGAGUGGCAGAGUGCAUCAACGGGGAGGACGAGAAGCUGUGCGAUUGUGCCUUGGAUCAGUUCAAGUGCCACACCGGUGGAUGCGUUCCUCUGACUCAAGUAUGCGACGGCAUCGAGAACUGUCCGGAUCACUCGGACGAGUGGGGCUGUCUCAUCGCCAAUAUCACCGCCGAGAUGAACCUAACCGACUCUGACACCGAUGCUGGAGGCGAUAAAGUGGAUGUAUUAAUCGACGGUGCGUCACUGUUGAAGAUAAGACAAUACGACGGCGAAGAUCGACUAGUCUGUUCAGACGGAUGGAGCGAGGAAUUCAGCGAUUCCUACUGUCAAGCUUUGGGAUUCGCCGGCGCCGAAACGACCGAAUUGUCCGCGUGGGAUAACAGCCAGAAGAUCUUAAGACUGAAGACGAACCCACACCCCCGCAGGCCGCUCGUUACGAAUUUAGAACGAGUGGAGUUUUGCGUGUCAGACAAAGUCGUGCGGAUUUCAUGUCAGGAGUUCUCCUGCGGCCUGCAUUAUGCGGAAGGUCCAACCGCGAGACUGGCCGGCGGGACACCAGCCAGCGAUGGACAAUGGUCCAGCGUGGCUUUGUUGAAGGAGCUCAAACACGGUGCCGCUUGUACAGCCAGCAUACUUGGUCCUAUGCACGCUUUAGCCAGCUAUUCUUGCAUUUACAGAUACAAGGAGAGAAGCGGAUGGGAACUGUUCGCCGGUGGAAAUAUGCUGAAGGUGUAUCACGUGAAAAAUAUCGUGCCCUAUCCGCAAGUCAAGUACAAUCAAUUCCUGUACAACAACGAUAUCGCCUUGAUCGAAUUAGAGGAACCGUUGGUAUUCUCUAGGAACGUCAGCGCCGUUUGCCUGCCCAGACAGCCCAUCCAGCCGAGGCAGAUUUGCGUAACCGCGGGAUGGGGAUUCCCUAUGAACGGCGAAAUAGAUCUGCAACAGUAUCUCAAAUUCUUGCCUAUUCCGACAUAUGAUCCUGAGAAAUGCAACGCCACGAGUCAUUAUGCAGGAUUCAUCACGGAACACGACAUAUGCGCUGGAUUCACCGAUACGGAUAAAGGCCCUUGUUAUAACGAUGAAGGAGCGCCUCUAAUGUGCGCCAGUGAGUCGCAGAAUGCGUCAGAACGAUGGGAAAUUCAAGGUUUGCUAAGCCACCACAGCAGAUGCUCAAGAGGUCAUCCAGCAAUCUACUCGAGCUUGGAACCAGCGCUUUCGUGGCUACGCGAAUCAGUGCCAGCUUUGCGAACGCAAAGCUAAAUCGUUAUUUUACCAAUUUUUUUCCGAAGUUCACGAAACAUUGACACUUAACCGACGGGAGACCAAAACAUUGUUGCCUUGGCCUGCGGCAGAUAGCUGAAAACGCGUACAAACUGAAACAUUUACUGAACAAAAUAUAUAGUUCUUGCAAUUAUAGAGAUGACAACUAUACAAGUUUUGCGUGUAGAAUUAAUGCAUAUAGUUUAAUGAACUUUUAUAGUUAUUACAAUUAAAUCUGAAUGGCAUACAGCAUAGUAAAAACUAUAGUUCUCGAUUAUUAUAGUUAACCAUUCAGACUUACUUGUGCUAACUAUAAGAUAAUUUAUUCAAUUACACACCUUAAUUUUUACAUACAAAACUGAUAUAGUUAUUAUAUAUGUUACUAUAUUUUCCCCAGAGUGUAGAGGUGCACGCUCAGAUAGACCUCUCUUAUAAAUGCAUGUCUUAUAUAUAUUUUAUAGAAUGUCGAUUUACAAUUCACAUAUUUUGUAAGAUUCAACAGAUGUUUUAUAUUCUUCUGUAAUAUUCGAAAUAUAUCUAAAAGGGGAAAAGUACACGUGAGUAAAACAUGAGUUUACGUGUCCGUCGGUUAAGUGUUAAAUAAGAGUAGCAUGUAUGAAAAGACCCUCUGACAUUCAAUCACACGAUAUGGUAAAGCAAUUAAGAGCGAAACGUUCAAUAAUUAUGUUAAGGUAUUGUUGAGAUAGUUUCAAAUAUUUUUAUUGAUUUUUAUCGAUUAACGCAACAACAGCAGCUUUUACUUGCCUUACCAUAUCGUAUGACUAGAGAGUUGUCAUUUUUACAAACAAGAAAAAGUAAUGAAAGAUUUGUCACAAGGAUUUGGUCUGGGAUCUCCUAACUUUCUUCGUAAAAUUAUACGAAAAUUAUACACACCCGCAUGUAUACACACACGCACAAUUAUUUCAAAUUUAGAUAUUCUUCCUUCAUGUUUCCCAAUUUAAAUGUUCCUAUUAUUAUCGCAAAAGAUAUCUUCUAAUAAUUCUCGAUCAUCAGUGCCGUUAUUAUAUAUGACAAAAUGGAAGUUGAACAUUGAAAUUUCGUAAAAAUCAAGAAUUGUGAAUAUUACGAACGGCAUGUG